AUGCGCCUCAAUCUCAAGAUUCCACAGAAAGAGCUCACCAAGGAUGACCAAAGGACGCUUAAGAUCCGCAGAGCUUCGGCAGAACGCUGGAAGCCGAAAUUGCAAAGACCAUUCCCGGCGAGGAGGGAGAUAAAGGAGGCUUACAACCUAAAGCUCAUGCGGCAUUAUCCGAAUCAACUUGAUUCCACAGAGCCAAACUUCGUCAAGCCACAUAUCGACAGGUCGCCUCGGGUCGAUGAAUUACUAAGGCAGUUCCCGAUCCCAGUAGCAACUUCAAUUUCAGCAUCGGCACAAACUGACAACACAAAUGUCUACGCUACACCAGUUCUACCUACGCAGGCUGAAAUAGACGAGCUCGAGAAGCAAAGAAUGCUGCUGAAGGCGAACCGGAUAAUCACGAGAAGCGAGUAUGCACAAAGGCUGGCGUGGAAAAACUUUUCGUCACGAGAGCGGAACAGGAUCGAUCGUGGACGGGAAGCAAUGUUGCAUUCGGGAUUGUGUGAGAACGACUUGGAAAAAGAGUCUGCGGGUCAACAUAAUCAGCUACCAGAGUGGAGAAAGCGACAUACUGGAAGAUUUGCUAGGGAACAGAGACACUAG